UAAUAGUUUAGCAGCUACCAUGGAGAACAAGGGGAAAGAAAUGGAGCACCGCGAGGUGGUGGUGAGCGGAGUUGACCAGGAAGAAACGGUGGUACAUCACGAUGCAGCGAACGACGACAAACGCUUCCUCGCUGCUGCAGAUGCGACCUUGCGCGAAGCAGAGAGUACUUGGACGGUUCUUAAGCGGAAUCCACGCAUGGUGGCGGUCAUGUUGGCAGUUUUGUUGAACGGUAUCAUUGUCGGUAUCGAGAAUAAUAUGGCGGGAAAUAUGAUGGGAAUCCAGGCUUUCUGUCGGCAGUUUGGUCACUGGAGUGCUGCUGAUGGGGAAUAUGUCAUUCCCCCUCAUAUCAUUUCAUUGUGGAGCGCAUGUUCUUCUCCAUUCCAGUUGAUCGGGAUGGUGGCUAGCGGAUACGUCGGGGACAUCGUCGGCCGACGACCAGUGUUAUACUCGAUCAUUUUGAUUUCGAUCUGCGGAGCGCUGAUCGAGUCCUUUGUGACGACAUGGCAGGGAUGGCUCGGGGCAAAGAUCGUGAUGCUGCUCGCGACGGGCCUGAUGCAGGCGGGCGUGGGGACGUACAUCUCGGAGGUGGCACCGCGAGAGCUGCGCGGUGUGAUGCUCUCGACGUUCAACAUGUUCAUGAACAUGGGCAAUCUGUUUGCCGUGCUCAUCUCGUACGGGGCAGAGACCACCUGGUCGGACGUGAUGGACGACAAGGGGUUCCGCGUCUCGCUGUACGUCUGUGUUGCCCUCCCCGUUGUCAUCUGCCUGGCCGAGCUGGUGUUCCUGGUGGAAUCGCCUAGCUGGCUGGUCAUGCACGAUCGCCAUGACCAGGCCCGGAGCAGUCUGAAAUGGCUCUAUCCCAAGGCCAGCGAGGAGCAGUUGGGCCUGUUCAUUUCUGAAAUCGAAUAUACCCUCGCCAAGGAGAAAGAGCUGGCUGUGGAGGCCAAAAACACUUCGUUCCUGGAUUGCUUCAAGAAAACCGACGCCCGCCGCAGCUUCUGCGCCAUCUUCCCUGCCCUCUCACAGCCGUUGUGUGGGAAUAUGCUCUGUGGACCGUACGUCACGUACUUCCUCGCCAUGGUGGGCUUCACCAACAGUCUGCAAGUGACAGCCAUCAUUUUGUGUAUGCCUCCCUUCUUUCUUGAAAAUUCUCCAAGAUCUAGUCCAGCUGACGUGAAAGCUAUCGGCUUCGCGUGUAAUAUCGUGGUGUACUUCAUCAUCGACAACAAACGCGUCGGCCGCUGGGCCAUCCUCUUCUGGGGCCUGGUGCUCAUGUUCAUCGGCGACAUGGGCAUCGGGAUCGUGGGGUCGGUCAAGCCGGACGUGAAAACCAGCAACGCAGCCAGCGGGCUCGUCAUCUUCUUCACCAGCGUACUGGUCUGCGGAUCGGUCAGUGGUCCUGGUGCCGUGGGUUGGACGUACACGGGGGAGUCUGGGAGCAUCCGGCUGCGGGCAAAGACCAACACGCUGGGAAAUCUGGGCAACGCGGCGGUUUCGUGGGUGUUUGCCUCGACGAUUUCGUAUAUCGUGACAGAUAUCGGCUUGAACUCUGGAUACCUCUUUGCUGGCUUCGCAGCCGUCAGCGUGGUCAUCACAUACCUAUUUAUCCCCGACUUCACCGGCCGCAGUUUCGCCCAGGUGGACGAGCUGUUUUCGCGGCGAAUCCCGGCGAGGAAGUUCUCCAGCACGGAGGAGGAGGAGGAGGAGGAGGAGGAGGAGAACUCUAAGUCUAUAUACCAUUUACACUCCAGGAGGACUACUACAUAUACUACCAUUAAGUAA